ACCACGUCCUGCAACAACCGCACUCGUUGAACAUAUUGCGCUUCGCUACGACUCACGAGGCCUCUGAGCCCUGAGUUGUUUUUGCCCCAGCAUGCCCUCGUCCGAGGCGGAGGCCGCUUUUGAUGAUGGCUACGAAUCGGCAUCAUCAUCUGCGUCUUCAUCCUCACCCUCAUCCUCAUCCUCGUCAUCACUCGCGCCGCCCAUUCUCGACGAAUCCUUCCUCCCGCGCAUUCUCGCCCUCUUCUUUGCCAUCUUCCAUCCCACGCAAGGUCCGAAAGUCGUCUAUCAAGUGCCAGAGGGUAGCGUCACUGCAGAUGAAGUCGGCGACGUCAAAGGCAAGGGCAAGCGUGGAGCCAACCUUUCCUCUUCACCCCGCCAUGGCAACUUGGAGCAAGAGCAGCUGUUCGACUUUGAUACCCUCAGCGACUACCUCAUACCCAAGGCACCUCUUUGCGGUCGUCUCAUUACUUGCACCACCAAAGGGCUGCCCUCAUCGAAAGACCGCGUGCCACGUCAUUUCAAGGUUCUCUCCUACCCAGUCCUUAUCGAAGACUCAGAGAAGUACGAGCGCAACACCUUCAUCUUCAACCUCGCCUUUGUAUUUGAUGGAAAAGCCGAUGUCAAGAGCUACGAGCCUGUCGUGCGGAAAUGCGCUCGCGCUCUACAAGGACUGGAACAGAGCUCGUCCUUCUUAUCGUCGACGCUCAACCAGCCUCGCAUGUAUGGCAUCGUCGAGCAUCUCUAUCAGGAUCUCAACUCCUUCUGCGAAGUAUUCGUCGACCUGCCAGAAGCACCACAUACAGCGUACGAGAAGGAUCAGCGCAAUCUCGCCCUCGACGCCAUCUCGCCUUCCUUUCGCGGCCACAGUACUGGAGCGAUGGUGACAUCAGCGAGCCAAAGCAGCGCGCUUCGCGCUACGAGAGCGUUGAGUACCGCCGCCGAUGGUGCGAUCCAUGGCAGUAGAAUGCCAGCCAGUCUACUCGAGAGUCGGCGCCCAAGCGCAGCAAGUGUGAGUUCGACGGGCAGUCGCAAUGGCAGUCGCAAUGGGUCUCCGGCCAUCGCCCCUGCAACAGACGGUGCAGGCCUGCCAUUCGGUAUGAGCCCAAUCGAGGAGAGUAGCAAGAGCGGACCCCGGCGAGGCUCUAUUGCCGGUCUUCACCAUCAUACCAUAUCCCCGCUAUCGCCUUUCACGUCGAGCAGCAUGACGAGCCCUCCGCCAGCCCCCUUGACGGCUCUGGGAGCGCCAGCCAUCGAUCCACUCGCGGGUUCAGCCACAUUGCCAGGCUCUCGCCGUUCUUCUGCCGCAAGCACAGAGGCGCAUCGAAGACCAAGCAUCAAGAGGAGCAAGACGACGUCGACUGCAGCAGUCAAUGAGGCAAAGGCGAGCGCCGUCUCUGCCAGCAUGCAACGAGCCUUUAGCAACGGGUCGACCGGUAGCUCCUCGAGCGAAGACGCUCUUACACGCCGGCACGCUCUUGGCGAUCGUUCCUCCUACGAGGCGAUAGCUGCCGACCUGAGCAGUUCACUCGCAUCGUUGCGCAACGUCAAGCCACCCGCAAACACAACGAUAGCAGACGGCCUGCCGUCAACAGACCCGGUCCUGUCCCUCCUCCCACAGCCCCCAAGCCGUGCCCCAGGACAACGUGAACCACCCCACGGUCUAGGGCGCACAGUGCGCGAGGCUAUAAAUCUCAAGCUUUUCCCAACCUACGCCAAUCCGCCUCCAGUGAAAGACCACGACGUCCCCGUCUCCCUCCUCGACCUUGGCCACAAAGCUCGGUCGAGCUCCUCCAACUGGGACCUGACCAUGAGCGCCGUCUACCCCUACAUCAACGGCAUCAACCACGUGAAGCGCAUUGCACAAUUGGCCGACGCGGAUCUGGAGCUGACGAGACAGUGUAUGGAGCAUUUGCUCUACUAUGGCUGCAUUCUGACGGUGGACGUUUUCCAGUUUUGGAACGUGUAUGCGGUCAAGCCUGCCGUCGCGAGGAUGGCGGACGAUCCGUCUAUUCAGGCUGAGUGUGGGCCGUACGUCACGAGACCAGGACAUGCUGUUCCUGCUUGGCCCACCCUCCUCGCUCUUUAUACGGCGCUCCGACCAGGUAUGCAGCUUGAGCGCUGGAUCGAGGAGCGACAGGUUGAGGCGCUAGGCAUCGACGUGCGGCGCUUUGUGACCUUUGGGGUCAUCAAGGGCUUUUUGAGACGGGUGCAUCGCUACCCUGUGCUCAUGGGAGGGCAGGUCGUCUUGGAUGAGAUGCUGGCCUGGCUGCGUGAGGGAGGGUCAAGAUCCCAGUCAAGGAGCAGGGAGCGGGAUCCGGCAGAGCAACGCAAGCCAGCCGCAGCGCCGAUGGCUUCCCCGUUGGCUUCACCUUCGGUCGAUGCCUCGUCGAAAGACGACUCUCUUGGUCGGCCGGCGUACAAUCGACGCCAGCCGUCGGAUGGUGCGUCAAUACGAACUGUCAGACAAGGUGAUGAGCGAGGGGCCAAAAGCUGCGUUAAGACGCCUACGGCUGCAGCUCCACCACGUACGCCGCGAUUCCCUCCUUCCUCGCGCUACACGACGGCUACUGUAUCCGAUGUGGCCAAUAUUGCCUUUGAUCAGUUUGGCGAAGGCGAAGAUUCUCCAUCACAGCAGCAUCUGGCGUCUCGUCGCGGCGGCGGUAACAGCUCUCUGCAACCGGGCAGCACCAACGAUAGCGAAGGGUACGGUUCGCGUUCCUCCCUCACGCUCCGGCCCUCGAUCCCCAGCUUGCAAGGCUCUCUAUCUACUGCCACACCCUCUUCCUCCAUUCGCCCCUCCUUUACGGGCCGCAGAUCUGCCAAUCGCCCUCCCAUUCCAGACUCGCUUUUCCCCUCGUCAUCGGGAAGCCUGGACCUCCCUCCCGACCUGCCCGCCAUGCUUGAUGGAACAAACAGUGAGGACGCUCUUUGUGUCCACUUCGGCCUCUCCUGGCCGCAGCUGCGGCGUAUGCUCAUCCGCCUAGGAAGAGCGGUAGCGAAUUUCCAGCAACAAAGAGAACGCGAGCGCGAGCGUGAACGACUGCAGAGGGGAGGAUCAUCCUUGCAGAUGAGACCUAGACGGAGGGAUUCGUGGAGCAGUCGGCGGUUGAGCGGCUAUGCUGCGGGCGGAGCAGGAGGAGAGAGUGACGACUGGAUACCAGAGGCGCCAGCUUUCGCGAAUGCGAGUGGAUUCGGCGCGAGUGGGUGGGCGAGUGGGGUGAGCGGUCAACAGGGUGGGUCCAACGCGACUGGGUCAUUGGCCACUUCGCUGCGCAGUAGCGGGAAGAGAGCGGUCUUUGCGGGUAGCAUAGGCAAGAGUGGUACAUCAGCAAGCGCAGCGGGGGCUUCGGGCUCGAUGAUGUCCUCGGGCUCGUUUGGACCCAAGUCGUGGAAUCAGUCGCUGGAUGGGCUUGAGAUUGAGGACGAGGAGGAGGAGCUGGAACGUACGGGCGAGUUUGGGGCUGUUGUGAUUAUCAGCAUUUGAAAUACCAUGUCAAAGAAGGAAUGUUGCAGGC